GUAUAGCUAAUAGAAUAUUAUUUUUCUUAAAUAAUAUAAUAUUAAUAGCUUACUCUUAUAAAGUUAAUAGGUCUAGUUUAAAUAGGGUAAAAGUCUAG